AAUAAAAUGAGUUCUCAGAGAGGAAAUGUUUCCAGAACCAGGAGACAAAAACACCAGAAUUCUUCUUCCUUCAAGAAUGACAUGCAUGAUACUUCAGGGAAAAUGAAAAUGAUUAAAAGCUUAAGUCCUGAGGGUUUGUGUAAGCGGUGCAAAGAAAUUAUUGAAUGGAAAAUAAAAUACAAAAAAUAUAAGCCUCUUACGAAGCCAUCAACAUGUGUGCGGUGUAAAGGAAAAACUGUGAAACGAGCAUACUACAUUGUAUGUCAACCAUGUGCUACAGAUGCUCAAGUUUGUGCCAAGUGCAACACGAAAAAAGACAUUGAACUACAACCCAGUCUGAAUGAAACUGAAAAGAUGAAAGAAGAUGCUGAGCGUCAGUUUGAAUUAAAACAGCUGACAGAAAGGCAGCGAAGAUCGUAUCUCCGCCAGGUUGAGAAGGGAGAUGCUACUGAUCCCCCUUUCGGAGCAACUGCACCUGGAGAUGAAAGUGAGGAUGAAGAAGAAUGCAGUGAUGAAUGUGAUGGUAGCACUCAAGAUGAUGAUGAUGUGUCUGAUGUUGACAUUCCUGAUAAAGCUGAACAGGCUAAGUUUUCCUGAUGUCUGCGUUUUGGACAGUGUUUUUGUGCAUCAAUGCGUCUUCCAUAAGUGUGGGGUACAAGUUUUUUAUUAUUCUUUUUUUCUUCUAAAAAAGAUGGUCAAUGAAAUGAAAGAAGUAGUUGAUCUAAAACAGAAAUUCAGACUUAAUACAGAAAAGAUAUGUGAGACGUGCUGAUAGAAUAAGUUACUUCUCGGAUUUUGGCCAUAUACAUAAUAUCAAAUUAAGGUCAGCAUAAACCCCCUAACACAAAAAGUCACAGAAGAGUAUCAUUAUUGCUCUUUGCGGACUGAGAAUACAUACCUAAUGGAAAAAUUAUGCAAAGUGGGUGAGAAUAUGUGAAAAGAAGGUGUUUAUGGCCUAAAAACGUUGCAACAUAGGCUCAAAAGGGCAAAAAUCAGUUUUGUCAAGAUUAUUCAGAAAGUACUAAUGCUAUACCUUUCAAAUUUUGCAUUUAUAGUGCAAUAGCCCCAAAAAGUUAGCCUACCAGAUUUAUUAGAAUAGGAGAACAGGUUUGAAAGUUUUGGCUGAUUGAGUGAUGAUUUGACUCGUGAAACAAAGAUUUAGGGUGGUAGGGAUAUUAAAUCCGACCCUGAGAGGAAUUGGUUGAAUGUAUUCAUUUCUCUGAGGUAGGGAGUCUGCAGAAGAGAUAUAUAAAGUUUGUUGCCAAAUUUGGAGGUGUUUCAUUGAGAACGUUCGGAGAUAUCUUUACAGAUGUGUACAAAAUUGUCUGAAAAGUAAAUUUUGAGAAUACGAACAAAAAAAAGGAAAAAUUGAUGAUUUGAAUAACUUGCACUUACCUUAGUGCCCCCCUGCUCGGUAGGAAUCGUCAGUGAGGUUUUGCUGAGCUUGUAGGACCGCUUUGUUAGCUCUCAUGGUCUUUGUUUCUUUUCUUGCCUGCAAUUGAGCAGCUCUGAUGCGAAUCGCGUCAAACUCGGACAAAGCAUCAGUGAGGUGGUGGCUGUUUCAACCAAAGUUAAAAAAAAAUUGGAAUUCUUCCCAGCUCUCUUGCAUUGAAACAGACAACUGCAUCUAUCACAGCUAUCUGGAGCCUCUCUCGUCCAACAAAUUAUGUUGUCUUGGGGCACCUUCCCCCAAAUCAUAUUAUGGAAAGCCUCAUUGGCAUUUUGAGUCACUCUGUGAAGGCACUAGCUGAGAAGACUAUCACUGGCAAGUCUUCCAAGAUCGGUUUAAUUUCCUGACAAACAAAGCGUAUUGCUCCUACGUAAUGGCCCUGAAUAUGUUUCAUGACGGCUUUUGUCAGUCUGCCUGCACCUCCAAUCCCUUAAAUUUUCUUCCCAUUUUCCUCGUAGGUCUUGGUUUUGCAUUCACUCACUUUAUCUAGCAAAUGUUUCCACAUACGUUUUUGAAUGUGACCUUGACUCUCAAUCGUUUUCCGUUUUUGUGAAUUUUUAAAGGAUUUCAUAGGUACAGUUACUUAACCCUAUAGUGGGCAGAUAACUGAUAAGCCAUGUCUACUGCACUGUUCCACUUCCUGCCCAGCUGACCUUGCCUUGUGUGUUUACAUUAUUUUGGCUUCUGGCAGCUUUGUCUAGGGUGGUUCAGGAAAACAUUUAUUUAAAAUGUACUAUACAAUCUACAACUUUCAAAUUUCCCAUGACAACAGAGAAAUGAAUGCUCUAUGACACUCUGUCAUUUAAAAAGUGUUUUUUUUUGGUGUAUUAGAUUUAUAGCACAUUGAUUCACACCUAUAAGUGCAAAUAUGUUGUUAUGUCACAAUGUGGAUAUAUAUGACAAGCAUUUGUACCUCUAAACCACAGUUUUUAAGAUGCAGGACCACAGAAUUUAUAGUUCAUCACCACCUGGGUGCUAAGUCAUUGAAUGGCUUUGAAAAAUCCCAACCCAUACCAAAUAAAGAGCCAGAUAUACCCACGGCAGUGUCAUCUUCACCGAGCAAUAGUAAUAAUAGACUAGUUCAUAUUACAUGAUACCAGCUGGCCUUGUGGCAUACCCAAUCAAAGAACAACAAUUACAAUAAAAUAUAAAGUCAGAGAAAGAAAAACUAAGGAUUGAAAUAAAGGAAAAGUAAAAACCAACUUACAGUACAGUUCUUGCGAAGUCCACAUAUAAGAAUUUCACAACACUAUAAACUUUUUGCACACAACACCAAUUCAUAUACUACACACAUUGAAAAAAAAAAAAAA